AUGGGCCAAUCGCCGUCAGCACUAACAUUAACCGAGAAGAAUCUCCCGGACCAAACCGGAAAGGUCUUCCUCAUCACAGGUUCCACAUCCGGAGUUGGCUUAGAACUCGCUCAAAUCUUAUACUCACGUAACGCGAAAGUAUAUAUCGCAGCGCGAAAUGCAGAAAAAGCAGCUCGUACGAUUGAAACCAUUGAAUCCAAGCACCCGUCUUCAGCCGGCGAGCUGGUCUACCUACACCUGGAUCUUAGUGAUCUAACCACCAUCAAUUCCUCAGCCCAGGAAUUCCUGGAUCGUGAGAAAAGACUAGAUGUCUUGUGGAAUAACGCCGGCGUCAUGGUUCCACCACAAGGCAGCACGACGAAACAGGGGUAUGAAAUGCAGAUAGGCACGAAUAACGUUGCGCCAUUUCUAUUCACAAAAUUACUGACGCCCUUGUUGAUUGAGACGGCGAAGACGGCAAGUCCAGGAAGUGUGAGGGUGGUUUGGGUGUCUAGUUCGGCAGCGGCUAGGUUUAGUCCGGAAGGGGGCGUGGAGAUGGAUAAUCUGGGGUAUGAGAGGGAAGACAAGAGUGCGUGGUUUAAGUAUGGGGUUAGUAAGGCGGGGAAUAUCUUGCAUGCGUCGGAGUAUGCGAGGAGGGUUGGUGAGAAAGGGGUUUUGAGUUUGAGUCUGGAUCCGGGGAAUUUGAAGACGGAUUUAUAUAAUCAGGUUCCAAGAUGGCAGAUGUUGGUGGUCAAUUUAGUGUUGAAGGAACCGAUAUAUGGCGCUUAUACGGAGUUGUACGGGGGGUUGUCUGAGGACAUCAAGAUGGAGAAUAAUGGUACAUUUGCUGUACCGUGGGGUAAGAUGCAAACGCCAAGAGCAGAUAUUGCGUUGUCUUGCAAAAGCAAAGACCAAGGGGGAACUGGUCUUGCAUCGCAGUUCUGGGAAUGGUCUGAGAAGCAAGUUGAGAAUUACAUAUGA